AUGGAGAGCAGCCCGUGGUCCAACUGCCAUGGCGACAUGCGCCGCACCCGCACCCGCAGCGGCGGCGGCGGCAGCGGGAGCGGGCACGUGGUCUUCCCGCUGCAGUGCUCCCACCAGGACCAGUCCCAUUCCCGCCGCGUCUCCGGGUCCGGUAUCGUGGAGGCGAACGGCCGCCCCGUAUGCCAGCUCUGCAGCGCCCGGUGGCGCGAGUUGCCGUCCCUACGCUCCACGAACCCGUCGCCGCCAUCGCCCGUGCCGUCGUCCCAGCCGUUCUUCCGGCCCAUGGAGCCGCGCGUGUUCGACGACGACGACCCCGUGGAACGGACGCCACGGCCGCUUCGUGAUGAUCACCACCGCGGUGCAAGCGCGGACGGAGGAGCGGUCGCGCUCACCACGCACUGCGAGUGCUCGGCUCUCGCGAGGGACGCGUCAGCCGACGACUUCGCCGUGCUCGUGCACGCCAGGGCACCGGGGAUGAUGGCCGGGGCUGGUGGCGGCGCGGCGGCAGCGGCGGCGCGAGCGCCGCUGGACCUGGUGACCGUGCUCGACGUGAGCGGUAGCAUGGUGGGGACCAAGCUAGAGCUGCUCAAGCAGGCCAUGGGGUUCGUCAUCGACAACCUCGGGCCCCGGGACCGACUCUGCGUCGUGUCCUUCUCCUCCGGCGCGAACCGGCUGAUGCGGCUCGCGCGCAUGUCCGACGCCGGCAAAUCCCUGGCGAGGCGCGCCGUGCAGUCGCUCGCCGCGGGCGGCGGCACCAACAUCGGCGAGGCGCUCCGCAGGGCCGCCAAGGUGAUCGACGAGAGAAUGCACCGGAACGCCGUCGCCAGCGUCGUGCUCCUCUCGGAUGGGCAGGACACCUACACCGUGCCGAGGCGCGGGGGCUACGGCGGCCGCGACGCCAACUACGACGCGCUCGUGCCGCCUUCCUUCGCCUUCACCGGCGCUGGCGGCCGGCCGGCCGCGCCGGUCCACACCUUCGGGUUCGGGACGGACCACGAUGCGGCGGCGAUGCACACCAUCGCCGAGGCCACGGGCGGGACUUUCUCCUUCAUCGAGGACGAAGCGGCCAUCCAGGACGCGUUCGCGCAGUGCAUCGGCGGGCUCCUCUCGGUCACCGUGCAGGAGCUGCGCCUUGACAUCGCGUGCGUGCACCCGGGCGUGCGCAUUCGCGCGGUCAAGUCCGGCAGCUACGGAAGCCACAUCGACGCGGACGGCCGCUCCGCGUCCGUCGACGUCGGCGAGCUCUACGCCGACGAGGAGAGGCGCUUCUUGCUGUUCCUGCACGUGCCGAGGGCCCGACCCGCGGACGACGACGACACGCACCUGAUCAGAGUGUCCUGCGCUUAUCGUGACACGGCGACUGGACGGAGCAAGAACGUUACAGGCGAGGAGGACGCCAAGGUGCGGAGGCCCUGGGACCCGGACCCGGUGACCUUGGAGCGGUCCGCGGAGGUCGAGCGCGAGCGUGUCCGGGUGGAGGCGACGGACGGCAUCGCGGCGGCCCGUGCGGCGGCGGAGCGUGGCGCGCACGCGGAGGCGGUGGAGAUCCUCCGGCAACGGCAGCGGUCCGUGAGGCGGUCUGCCGCGGCGCGGGCGGGGGACUCCACGUGCGUGGCGCUAUCGCGCGAGCUGCGGGAGAUGCGCGCGCGCGUGGCGAGCAGGCGACGGUACGAGCUGUCCGGACGCGCGUAUGUGCUCGCCGGGCUGAGCUCGCACGCCCAGCAGCGCGCCGCGUCGCGGCAGAUGAUGUCCGGUGGCGCGGCGGAAGAAGCGACGCGGAGCGGCGAGUCGGCGGGGGAGCGCAGUGUGGCGUUGGCUACGGCAGGCCUCACGACGUCGUACAUGACGCCGGCGAUGCUGGACAUGCUGGGCCGGUCGCGGAGGUCGCGUGAGCUGCUGCAGCAACGCCAACAACAGACCAAGGAGCGGAGGAGAACGUUUUGA